AUACUUCCCUUUCCCAUCUCUCCCAUAAACCUGAACGGACAUUGCAGAGAGCCCAAAGAUAACGCUUUAGGAAAUUUGGCAAGAAAAUGAAAAAAGAAAAUAUAAAUUAAAUCCCCGAAAGGGAAACUUUGACGGUUAAGAUUCCAUACUUCAUCUUCAUCCAACGGUUCAUAUACUACAGUUUGAAUCUCUCUAUCUCUCUCUUUCUCUGUUUCCUCUCUCUGUUUCAAACUUCGCUAACUUGGCACCAUUGAUACUCUCAAAUUUCUCAGACUGGCCUUAUACUAUAACAAUAUAUAUCGGGGACUGUGUAUAUAUAUAUAUUUAUCUAUAUAUAUAUAUAUGUUUGUUGAAUUUCUUUUGGAUUUUUAGGGUUUGGGAAUGGCGUCAGUUGAGUAUCUACGCCCAAUAGUUUACAAGAAAUUCCAUUUGAAUUCGAAUUACAACCUCUAUCACGGACAUGGUUUGGGAUUUUUUCGCGGUCGGUGCAGGGUUUUCCACCAUGGCUCGAAUCGUUUCGUUCCCAAUUCGAUUUCGUUCCCUUCGGUCAAUCUGUACGGACAAGGAAGUAGUAGUGCGCUGAAAAUUUCGGGGAGGUUCGGGAUUUGGGAACGCGGUUGCUUGAAGAAUAAUGGAGGAUUUAGGAGGAGUAAAGUUUCGGCGACCGGUCAGGACAGCGAUUCCGGAGAGAAGAGCGAAGCGAAGACGAGCGAAGGCCAAGGCGUGAACAAGAAGUCCACGGCACCUUCGAAUUCGGGGUCGUCUUCGGCGUCGAAUCGGAGGAAGGAGAAACAAGGGAAAGGGAACUGGUGGUGGUCGAAAGGAGGGAAAUUCCGGUGGCAGCCGAUAGUUCAGGCGCAAGAAAUCGGGAUUUUGCUGCUGCAAUUGGGAAUUGUGAUAUUCGUCAUGCGGUUGCUCCGACCGGGAAUCCCUUUGCCGGGUUCGGAGCCGAGGACGCCGACGACGUUUGUGAGCGUGCCGUACAGUGAGUUUUUGGGUAAGAUUAAUACCAAUCAGGUUCAGAAGGUUGAGGUUGAUGGGGUUCAUAUCAUGUUUAAGUUGAAGUCUGAAGCUGGUGGUAAUCCGGAAAGUGAAGUGGGUGUUGGUAAUGGUGGUGGUGUUGCUACCAGUAAGUUGCAAGAAUCGGAAUCUUUGCUACGGAGUGUUGCUCCGACCAAGAGGGUGGUUUAUACUACCACUAGACCCGCUGAUAUCAAAGCGCCCUAUGAGAAAAUGCUUGAAAAUGAAGUGGAGUUUGGAUCGCCGGAUAAGCGAUCGGGUGGAUUCUUGAACUCUGCAUUGAUAGCUUUGUUUUAUGUUGCUUUGCUUGCAGGGCUUCUCCACCGGUUCCCUGUAAGCUUUUCACAGCACUCCCCAGGUCAGAUUAGGAACCGCAAGUCUGGGGGCUCUGGUGGUGCAAAAGCAUCUGAACAAGGAGAAACAAUCACCUUUGCUGAUGUAGCUGGUGUUGAUGAGGCUAAGGAGGAGCUGGAAGAAAUAGUGCAUUCAGGAAAUGGUUUUUAUAUGCUGAUGUUUACUGGCCAGGAAUUUCUUCGGAAUCCAGACAGGUAUAUUCGACUUGGUGCUCGUCCUCCUCGUGGUGUUCUUCUGGUGGGUCUUCCUGGGACAGGUAAGACUCUUCUUGCAAAGGCUGUGGCUGGGGAAGCUGAAGUGCCCUUUAUUAGUUGCUCUGCGAGUGAGUUUGUAGAGUUGUAUGUUGGAAUGGGUGCUUCUCGUGUGAGAGAUCUCUUUGCUCGGGCAAAGAAGGAAGCACCAUCAAUAAUAUUUAUUGAUGAGAUAGAUGCUGUAGCAAAAAGUCGUGAUGGUAAAUUCCGCAUUGUGAGCAACGAUGAGAGAGAACAAACCUUGAAUCAGUUACUCACUGAGAUGGAUGGAUUUGACAGCAAUUCUGCUGUGAUUGUUCUUGGAGCAACUAAUCGAUCUGAUGUCUUAGACCCUGCUCUUCGCCGGCCAGGGAGAUUUGAUCGUGUAGUUAUGGUUGAAACACCUGAUAGGAAUGGACGAGAAGCAAUCCUAAAGGUUCAUGUUUCUAAGAAAGAACUUCCUUUGGCGGACAAUGUUGAUCUUAGUGACAUUGCUUCUAUGACCACUGGUUUUACUGGGGCAGAUCUAGCAAAUUUGGUAAAUGAGGCUGCUUUGUUGGCUGGACGAGAAAACAAAGUUGUUGUGGAGAAAAUUGAUUUCAUUCAAGCUGUGGAGAGAUCAAUAGCUGGAAUAGAAAAGAAGACUGCCAAGUUGCAGGGAAGUGAGAAAGCUGUGGUUGCAAGGCAUGAAGCUGGUCAUGCGGUGGUAGGAACUGCUGUUGCAAAUCUUCUUCAUGGGCAGCCACGUGUUGAGAAGUUAAGCAUAUUGCCAAGGUCCGGCGGUGCCUUGGGUUUUACUUAUAGUCCUCCAACAAAUGAAGAUAGAUAUUUACUCUUCAUUGAUGAGCUACAUGGUCGCUUGGUUACUCUUCUUGGUGGACGUGCAGCAGAAGAAGUUGUUUAUUCAGGUCGUGUUUCAACAGGUGCACUUGAUGAUAUACGACGAGCAACUGAUAUGGCAUACAAGGCAGUAGCUGAGUAUGGUCUUAAUCAGACUAUAGGUCCUGUUUCUAUAGCUACACUGUCUGGUGGUGGAAUUGAUGAGUCUGGGGGAGCUUCUCCUUGGGGAAGGGAUCAGGGACAUCUUGUUGACCUAGUUCAAAGAGAGGUGAAAGCUUUGCUGCAAUCUGCUUUGGAUGUUGCUCUUUGUGUUGUGCGUGCAAAUCCUACUGUUCUGGAGGGGCUUGGUGCUCACCUGGAAGAUAAGGAGAAAGUGGAAGGUGAGGAGCUACAAGAGUGGUUAAAAUUGGUGGUUGCACCAACGGAACUAGCAAUUUUCAUUAAAGGCAAGCAAGAGUCUCUUCUCCCACUGCAUACUGUAUCUGGAUAACGACCAUUGUUGAUCUGCCCCUCAAAUUUAAAGGGAAAAAGAAUGGAGAAGAUUGUGUCCCUUAUUCCACUAUCAUGUAAAUGAACUUUCCCUCGUAACUAGCAUUAACUCAAACCUUGCAAAGGAUGUAUAUCUUGGUAUAGUAAAUUUUGGGUUCAAAUUUUUAACAAGGUCCCGGCUUGCACUUCAUUUUGCCUCUUGCUAUUUGUUUCGUAUGCUCAACCGGAAAUAGUAGGGGAAGAAGUCGAAGAUUUAUAUCCUCAGGAGCCCUCUCAGGUGACAAAAUAACUUUGGUCUGGUGCAAAGCCGAGUUGGUUUCUAAAUGCUGUUGUAUAUUGGGUAUUACAUAACUUACUUGGAUCCGGCUUUUUGCAAUUGUAAUUGAUAUUCAGUUGUACAUGGUACGGUAUUAUUUUGUGAAAUAUAUAGUUCGCAAUAUGUUGCUUCA